AGUGGAGGAGGGGUCAAGUCACGGAAGCCAGAAACAGUUUGGGUUCUGAUUCUAAGCUUUUUGUAUUAGUGUUUGUUCUCUUAAGCUCUUCUAUAAUUCCUCUUAUUUGAGACAUCGUAAAGCAAUUUCAACUCUAAGGUCGGUAUUCUCAGACGCUCCCGCCAUUCACUUCAACUAUUUUUAAAGGCCAUUAAGGAGAUCAGUCGGGUUCUAGUGAGUGUUUUCAUAGGUUCAUGGUGCAGGAGAAUGGUCGAACUACCACCAGCGUCAUAAAACUAUCCCUGGAAAUAUAAGCGAAUUGUAUAAUAUAAGAGAAUGAAUCCUGGGUUUUCGCAGUAGUUCAAAGGGCAACAUAGACGAAUGAAUCCUGUGUUUUCGUAGUUCAGGACAAUAUAAGUGACUGAAUCCUGUGUUUUCGUAGUUCAGGACAAUAUAAGUGACUAAAUCCUGUGUUUUCGUAGUUCAGGACAAUAUAAGUGACUAAAUCCUGUGUUUUCGUAGUUCAGGACAAUAUAAGUGACUAAAUCCUGUGUUUUCGUAGUUCACGACAAUAUAAAUGACUGAAUCCUGUGUUUUCGUAGUUCAGGACAAUAUAAGUGACUAAAUCCUGUGUUUUCGUAGUUCAGGACAAUAUAAGUGACUAAAUCCUGUGUUUUCGUAGUUCACGACAAUAUAAAUGACUGAAUCCUGUGUUUUCGUAGUUCAGGACAAUAUAAGUGACUGAAUCCUGUGUUUUCGUAGUUCAGGACAAUAUAAGUGACUGAAUCCUGUGUUUUCGUAGUUCAGGACAAUAUAAACGACUAAAUCCUGUGUUCUCGUCCCCAGAUGAAGGUUCUGCUCCUCUUGGCGGCGGCGGCGGCGGUGUGUUCGGGCGUCAUGGUGGAUAAGUCCGUCAGUGGCUCCUUCAGCGCCUCCGCCUCCUCCAACGCCCUGCCCGGUCCUCCGCCGCUCCCGCAGGACCUCUCCAUCUCCUCGCAGUACGGGCCUCCUCCUCAGUCCUUCGGGGGUCCCAAUAUCCAGUACGGGCCGCCGCCGCAGCGUCCCCCCAGCUUCACCUACGGCCCCCCUCCCCCUCCACCUUCCUCCGGGUCUCCUUUUUCGCUGAAGAACAAAUUCCAGGUGUACAGCAACGCGUUGUCUCUGUUCGACGGCGAGUGUGGUCCGUGGAAGGGCCUGAGCACGAUCCUGUUGAUGCUGGGGACGGUCACGGGGCUGGGGCUGCUCCUCAGGGCAUGGCCGCUGCCGUUCAACAACAUCCUGGGGCCUGACGGGGCUGAGGCCAUCACGUCCCGCCUCAGCGACCCCGCCUUCCUCUCCUCCGUGUACGAGCAAGUGUCGGACAUGUCCCGCGUCCUCGGCAACAUCAAGAAGGCGAACUACGAAGACGGGGCGGAGGAGUGAGGGCGACUAAGGCUCAAGGGACGCAUUUUUAAACAUUCCGGCGCCCAGGCACACAUCUCACAAGGUUUUCGUAGGCGUUGUGAACAUUCCCAGGGGUAGCUUAAUGACCCUUCUGGUAGCUUGUCCCUUCUUCUGUACCGUGAACCUAAAUAUACACGCAUUAAAAGUUUAAAACCCCAUUGAUCAAUUUUUUGGCCUUUGUCGUAGGCGUUGUGAACAUUCCCAGGGGCAGUUUUAUGACUCUGGUGGUAGUUUGACCCUUCCUCUGUACCGGGACCCUAAAUAAACACGUAGUAGAACCCGACUAAUCUUUUUUGCCUUUAAUAUAUAGUUGAUGUGAGAGGCAGAAGCUAAGACGGAGCUAAGACUUCCUAACACGCAAACAAGUGGAAAGUGAAACAAAAAAUGGCUUGUCAACACACCCAUAUAUAUUACUUCUUUAUAUAAUUGCAUAACUUACUGUACUGUAGUGCCCGACCAGCGGGGACCAUAAAUAACUUAAUGUACGUAACCAUAUUAGUAACGAUCCUUAAAUUAUAGUGUAAGACGAUUCGAUAACGAGCCUGAAGGAGAGCGUUAACAAUACCCAUAAUGCCGAACGUGAGGGAAUCCUGAACCACACCGAAGCGAACGUGUGUGGCGAUGAGAACAUGAGGCAGACAAGAACGUAACACAUAUUGAGGGUGAACGGAGAACAGACAGGUAGGUAAUACACACUUUUGAGGAUGAACGAGAAACAGACACGUAGAUAACAUAUUAAGGGUGAACGAAGAAUGGACACGAACGUAACAUAUUGAGGGUGAACGAAUAACAGACACGUACGAUACACACACAUUGGAUGGACGUAGAACACAGUUUCAUUUCAAGGGGAACAAAACAAGGAAGGGAAGAGAGUGUAUGUUACCUAAGAAAAACUGAUAUAACGUUUUUUUCCCCCUGUGUUUAAGGUUAGACUAUUAUUUCAUGUUAUUGUUGGUCGGCCUGAAGUUAUUGAUAAGGAUGCCAGAUAUAUUUUGUUUAUGUUUAGUCGUAAUGUAUGAAAAACAGUCAAUUUUUCGUAGUUAACCUCCAUGAACCUCAACUUUAAUAAAACUGGCAGGGUCUUCUCUCUUAUUACUCAGAAUAGUGUUUAAUUUAAUCCGUGUUUCGCCAGUGAUAAGUUAAAGAAUAUUCUCAGCAUGUUUUGGUUCUAAGGAGUUUUGUAUACCGUUUCAUGUAUACUACUCGUCCGUUAACCUUUGAUGUGUGUGUGAGGUUUGUUAUUUGUUUGUUUGUUUGUGUGCGUGCUGCUUUAUUCUCUUCCCAGCCUUUCCAUCACUAAAUAAAUAACCU